GAGCGCUUCUAAUAGUCCUUCAAUCGACCAAACUUACUUGUUUGUAAUGCUUUAUCUAGCGAUAUUAAUGAAUGCUGUUCCACGCGCGUAAAACACACGAGUAACAGAAGAAGGUGCGUCUCUUUUCGCUCCCUAUAUAAACUCAACUGAGGUCCAUGUGACAUGAUUAAAAAGAUGGCGUUUAUUAAAGUGGAGAGUGAAGACAUGAAGAUUGAAGACACAUUCAGAGUCAAACAAGAAGAUACUGAGGAACAAACAAAGAUGGAGUUUAUUAAAGAAGAGAGUGAAGAAACAUCCAGACUCAAACAUGAAGAUACUAAUGAACAAACGAAGAUGGAGUUUAUUAAAGAGGAGAGUGAAGAAACAUCCAGACUCAAACAUGAAGAUACUGAAAAGCAAACAAAGAUGGAGUUUAUUAAAGAGGAGAGUGAAGUAACAUCCAGACUUAAACAUGAAGAUACUGAGGAACAAACAAAGAUGGAGUUUAUUAAAGAGGAGAGUGAAGAUAUUAACAUUGAAGAAACAUUCAGAUUCAAACAUGAAGAUACAGAGAAAACAAAUAUGGAGUUUAUUAAAGAGGAGAAUGAAGAAACAUUCAGAGUCAAACAUGAAGAAGAUACUGGGGAUCAAACAGACCUGAUUGCGCUGAAAGAGGAGAAUCAAGAACUGAAUGAAACGAAAGAGAAAGAUCAAAAUGAGAAACAUCAUGAUUUCAAAACUGAAGAGGAACUGAUUACUACCUCACCAAAAGAAGCUCAAAAUACACAAACUACAAACCUUAAUUCUCAAAUGAGGGAGAAAACGUCCACCUCCCAACAUUGUGGGAAGAGUUUCUCGCAUAAAGUAAAUCUUAAAACUCGUGUAAGAUUUCAAACUGGAGUGAAUUCUUUUGUAUGUGAUCAGUGUGGAAAGAGUUUCAAACAUAGUGCAAAUCUUAAUAACCACAUGAGAAUUCAUUCUGGAGAGAGACUUUUCACCUGUAAACUGUGUGGGAAGAGUUUCACACAUAAUGGAGGUCUUAACAAUCACAUGAUAAGUCACACUGAAAAGAAGCCAUUAAUAUGCUCUCAGUGUGGAAAGUGUUUUUCACGGAAACAAAACCUUGUUCUCCACAUGAUCAUUCACACUGGAGAAAAGCCUUUCACCUGCAAAAUGUGUGGGAAGACUUUCACAUAUAAAGGAAACCUAAAGACUCACAUAAGAAGUCACACUGGAGAGAAUCCAUUCACAUGCGAUCAGUGUGGAAAGAGUUUCAGACAUAGUGUAAACCUUAAUAACCACAAGAAGAGUCACUCAAGAGAGAAGAGUUUUAAAUGCCAUCAGUGUGAACGGAGUUUCACAGACACGAAUCACCUUAAGAAUCAUGUUAAAAUUCACAUCGGAGAAAAGCCUUUCAUGUGCCAUCACUGUGGAAAGAGUUGCUCGAGAGAAGAUGGCCUGAAGAUUCACAUGAGAAUUCACACUGGAGAGAAACCGUACAGCUGCCCUCAGUGUGGAAUGAGUUUCAGGGUUAAAGAAUACCUUCAGGUUCACAAGAGGAUUCACACUGGAGAGAAGCCUUACAAGUGUCCUCAGUGUGAGAAGAGAUUCGCAUUUCAAAGCAGCAUGAAACGUCAUUUGCGAACUCAUUCUGGGAAGAAAUUGCCACUUUCUUCAGUGUGACUAGGUUUAGAAAAAGGAGUUACUAGUAUUCUAUCAUCAUCUGCUCAUUCAUUUUGGUAGACAUUCAGUUGAAAUCAGUGUAAAAAAAAUGUUGCCAUGUGAAGUCAUGCAAAUGUGAAAUUUGUUUUAUCAAAAGUUUGGAGUAAGAUUACAAAUAAUUGCAGCUAUACCCCUCGGCCACACCCAUUAGCACCAAUAUCUGUUUGUAUUUGGUAUACUAUUUAUAUGCAUUUUCAUGAGACUGUGCUCAGUUUACUCAAAAACAACAAAAACGUUGCUCGAAUCGCACAGUGUAUGCCUGGCCUAACUCCAGACAGCUAUGAAAUCAACAGAGCACUUCCCUCCAAAAGCACGCACCUUGUCCAUUAUUUGUAUAUAGCAGAACAAAUUAUCCCUUACUUUAGUGAGAGAAAUAAAAUGUGUGGUGUGAGUAUGUCUCAUGAAUGCAUGAGACCCCUGCCUUGAGUGUGAAAAGAAUAAACAAGGCUAUGUUCACGCUGUACCUGAAUGUGGUCUACAUCUGAUUGUCA